GGCCGGCCCGCCGCGGGCUCCCAGCUGGAGGAAUCUCGCGGCUAGCCUGCACGCCAGGGCGCAGCGAGGAUGGGAGGGUCUCAGUCUCUGCAGCCAGUCCCAGCCAGCGACCUGAACCUGGAGGUUUCCGAGGCCAUGAGUUCUGACUCGGAAGAGGCAUUUGAGACUCCGGAGUCGACGACCCCUGUCAAAGCUCCCCCAGCCCCACCCCCACCGCCCCCGGAAGUCAUCCCUGAACCUGAGAUCAGCAUACCGCCACCCCCAGAAGAACCAGGCUGCAGCUCUGAGACGACCCCCGUGCCCGAUGGCCCACGGCACGACUCAGUGGAAGGCAGCCCUUUCCGGCCUCCCUCACACUCCUUCUCAGCCGUCUUCGAUGAAGACAAGCCCAUAGCCAGUAGUGGGACUUACAACUUGGACUUCGACAGCAUCGAGCUGGUUGACUCCUUUCAGAGCUCAGAGCCUCGCUGCCCAGACUCCAAGCCUCAGGAGUGCGCAGGGAGCACACGGAGAAAAUCUUCAGACUCCGUGCCUGCCUCCAAGUCCACGCUGCCCCGUUCCCUCAGCCUGCAAGCCGGGGACUUUGAUGGUGCCUCCUGUUCGGGCAGCCCUGAGGCCACGGCCCCUGCCGUGGAUGCAUACAGCACGGGUCCCAGCAGUGCAUCUAGCACCCUUAAGCGAACUAAAAAGCCGAGGCCGCCAUCCUUAAAAAAGAAACACACCACCAAGAAGCCCACAGAGACCCCCGCAGUGGAAGAGACACAACCAGAGCCAGUCGACGAGGGACCUGUCCACACUGAGGAGCAUGUAGCAUCAGAGACCAAAACGGAGCCAGCCAAGCCUGAGGGUUCCAGAACGGGCCCGACCGAGGAGAGUCCCCCGGAACCUGCAGCUGUGCCCGACACCACCUGCUCGCCAGCCUCGGAGGAUACGGCGGAAGCUGGUGCUCCAGCCCCGGCGGGUGGCAGAGUACAGAACUCUCCCCCAGUGCAAGCCUUGUCCAGCAGCACGGCCCCCGAGGCGGCAGAGGGGACCUCCACGGAAAGUGGGGGACAAGGGGACUCCCCUGCCAGAGGGCUGCCGGUGAGGCUGGAGUUCGACUACUCUGAGGACGGCCAGGGGGACAGCACCCCUCCUACCAAAAAGACAGGCAAAAAGCCCAUCACCAAGAUGCCCCUACGGAGGCCAAAGAUGAAAAAGACCCCCGAGAAACUGGACAACGCCCCUGCCUCACCCACCAGCUCCCCUGCUGAGCCCAGCGACAUCCCUAUCGCCAAAGGUACCUACACCUUUGAUCUUGACAAGUGGGAUGACCCCAACUUUAACCCCUUUUCUUCCACCUCAAAAAUGCAGGAGUCUCCCAAACUGCCCCAACAGUCCUACACCUUUGACCCUGAAGCCUGCGACGAGUCCGUUGACCCCUUUAAGACGUCCUCUAAGAUCCCCAGCUCCCCAUCUAAGUCCCCAGCCUCCUUUGAGAUCCCAGCCAGUGCCAUUGAAGCUGGCGCUGUGGACGGGGACGGGCUAAACAAGCCCGCCAAGAAGAAGAAGACGCCCCUUAAGACGAUGGUUGAAGAUGUGAUGUCUGUGUGUUCUCUGUUUGACACAUUUAGGGUGAAAAAGUCGCCCAAACGGUCUCCUCUCUCUGACCCACCUUCUCAGGACCCCACGCCGGCCGCGACCCCGGAGGCCCCACCAGUCAUCUCCGCUGUGGUCCAUGCGACAGAUGAAGAAAAGUUGGCGGUUACCAGCCAGAAGUGGACAUGCAUGACGGUGGACCUGGAGGCCGACAAACAGGACUACCCGCAGCCCUCCGACCUGUCCACCUUUGUCAAUGAGACCAAAUUCAGUUCGCCUACAGAGGAGUUGGAUUACAGAAACUCCUAUGAAAUUGAAUAUAUGGAAAAGAUCGGCUCCUCCUUACCUCAGGACGAUGACGCCCCGAAGAAGCAGGCCUUGUACCUCAUGUUUGACGCUUCUCAGGAGAGCCCCGUCAAGUCGCCUCCUGCCCGAAUGUCUGACUCCCCGACGCCAUGUUCAGGGUCAAGUUUUGAGGAGACUGACGCCCUUGUGAACACCACAGCAAAGAUGCAGCAUCCUGUCCCCCGUGGGCUGGUCCCUAGCCAGGAGCCGCCCAUGCAGGUGCCUGAGAAACCUUCACAGAAAGAGCUGGAGACCAUGGCCUUGGGCACCCCCUCAGAGGCAGUGGAAAUUUCAGCUCCUGAUGGUGCCUUUGCUUCUGCUGACGCCCUGCUCAGCAGGCUGGCUCGCCCCACCUCUCUCUGCGGUGCGCUGGACUGUCUGGAGCCCGACUUAGCAGAAAAGAACCCCCCAGUAUUUGCUCAGAAGUUACAGGAGGAGUUAGAGUUUGCCAUCAUGCGGAUAGAAGCCCUGAAGCUGGCCAGGCAGAUUGCCCUGGCUUCCAGGAGCCGCCAGGACACCAAGAGAGAAGCUGCCCACCCCACUGAAGUCUCCAUCUCCAAGGCAGCCUUGUACUCCCGCAUGGGCACCUCCGACGUGGAGAAGCCUGCAGCCCUUCUGUUCCGGCAGCCAGACCUGGACGCGGCGCUGCAGAUGGCCAGAGCAGAGAUCAUAACCAAGGAGCGAGAGGUCUCGGAGUGGAAAGACAAGUACGAAGAAAGCAGGCGGGAAGUGAUGGAGAUGAGGAAGAUCGUGGCCGAGUAUGAGAAGACCAUCGCGCAGAUGAUUGAGGAUGAGCAGAGAGAGAAGUCGGUCUCCCACCAGACGGUACAGCAGCUGGUUCUGGAGAAGGAGCAGGCGCUGGCUGACCUGAACUCUGUGGAGAAGUCACUGGCUGACCUGUUCCGGAGAUACGAGAAGAUGAAGGAAGUUCUGGAAGGCUUCCGCAAGAAUGAGGAGGUACUGAAGAAAUGUGCGCAGGAGUACUUGUCCCGAGUCAAGAAGGAGGAGCAGAGGUACCAGGCCCUGAAGGUGCACGCGGAGGAAAAGCUGGACAGGGCCAACGCUGAGAUCGCCCAGGUCCGAGGCAAGGCCCAGCAGGAGCAGGCCGCCUACCAGGCCAGCCUGCGGAAGGAGCAACUGAGAGUGGACGCACUGGAGAGGACGCUGGAGCAGAAGAAUAAAGAGAUAGAAGAACUCACCAAGAUUUGUGAUGAGCUGAUCGCCAAAAUGGGGAAGAGCUAACUUUGACCCCAACGUCUGGACUUGACCGUUGCGUGCAAUACGACCGUGAGCACGCUGCUGUGCUCCUGGUUCCACGGCCAGGUGGUCUCACAUUUUUGUAUGCACUACUGUAUUUCCUUUCUAAAUAAAGUUGGUCUGAUCGCAGUACUAAGGGCGCUAUCAGAAUUUCUUGCUAUCGGUUUGCAUUUUGCUCGUCUCAUUCAUAGCAAGCUGACCGCAGAGCUCCUGUAUCAGGGAGAUCAUCCAAUUCUCUAAAAGACAACGGUGCUGCCCUGGCCUUGCUUUGUGCCGAGUUCCCAGGGCAAGCCCUUUUGGACCUCGUGUGAACCUGUACAGCGUGCAUAGGGACUCUUGCCUUAAGGAGUUGAACUUGAUCUGCAUUUGUUGAUUUGUUUUCAAAAGAAAUGCAUGUUUCAAAGAAAAUUCUCUAUUGUAAAUAAAUUUUUUUUCCUU